AUGUGGUGCUGCACCAAUGAGCAGGUCGGCUGCGGCGGCGACGGAGAUGAUGGCUUCGACUGCUCAAUGGGAGACGAGGACAUCCGAGAUCCGCUCAAAGGGUGGUCCGACGAGAAGAAGGCGUACUGCUGCGAGAACGAGCAAGUCGGCUGCGGCGACGGUCAAAGCGCCAUCGUCGACGACGACGGUAGCUACCGGUGCGAACUCGCCACCAUGGCGCGCGUGGGAGGGGAGUACUGCUGCUUACACCAGAGCCUUGGCUGCGUGGAGCAGGCGAAGUUCCAGAGCCUCCGCGGCGUGGCCGCCGCGAUCGGGCCCAGGCAUCUCCUGUCGCUCGCCCUCGUCGGCGGCUGCUGCGCCGUCGCGGCGCUGGUCGUGUCCUGGCGCAGGAGCGCAUCGCCCGGGCGCUCGGCGCGGGCACCACCCAGCCUACGCCACCGUGCUGAUGAGGGCGGAGGAGGAAGCGAUGCCGCCCUGCGAGGAGUGAGCGCCGCCGCGACCCGGCGGCGCUUCGCUGUGGGCAGUGGCGGACCCGCCUCGUCCGCGUGCACGCCCCGGCCCCCUUGCCCUCGCUGUGAGGAAGGUUGCGCUGGAGGAGGAGGAAGGCGAUUCGGAAUUGGAAUCGGAAUUUACGCGAAUCCCCACGCACCGACAGGCCGGCCUCCCCGCCCACGGGAGGCGACGGCGCCCUUCUGGCCCGAGGCCCCGCGGCCGAAGCCCGCGGUGGCCGGCGCGCCCCGUGCGCUCCCGGGGCGGGAACCUCAGCGCCGCGCGGCCAUCCCUGUGGCCCCGUCCUUCCUCCCGUGCUCUCCUCACUCAUUGCAUGGCCUCGCUCUGUUUGGAUCGCGGAGGAUGCCAAGGGUUCAGCCCUUGAUGGCCGUUUUCCGACAGUUCAAGCGAGAAGCAGCCAGCAAGGGCUGUGUCUGCACUGCUACUGCAGCAUGUAUGUCUCGUGUGCGAAAAGCACGGAAGCAUCGACAGGCCACGUCUCGCUUUGCCAACGGUGAAAGAGAUGCCUCCCGAUAUGUGUCCUGGUCGAUCUGUCUAACGCCAGCGGCUUGA